AUGAAUCGCUGGACUAAACUUCUUAGUUUGCAUCACACACAAAAAGACGGUGAAGCACAAGUGGCAAAAGCAGAAGGACAAAAAGAAGCGACGAAGGAACAGAAAAUAAAAGUAAACUGGAGGGAGUGGGUGAUUGAUCCCUCUGAAGAGUUUUACUAUGGCUGGUUGCAGGUCAUGGUCUUUCCCAUCAUUUACAACUGGGUUGUUAUUAUCCUCAGGAUCUGUUUUUAUGAAGUUGACCAGAAAUUUCAGGCUGUCUGGUACACCUUAGACUACAUCUCUGAUCUGGCCUAUGUGGCUGACAUAUUCAUCAAGGUCCGUACGGGGUAUUUGGAGCAGGGCAGCCUAGUGCGCGAUAUGUCACGGCUAAAAAAGCGCUACCUGCACUCCUCUCAGUUCUUGUUGGAUGUGCUGUCCCAACUACCCACUGAUCUGCUCUAUCUGAGCGAUGUUUUCAAGACCCCCGUAGUACGGAUAAACCGGUUCCUUCGCUCACCCCGCCUCUCCGAGGCCUUGGAACGCAUGGAGACACGUACUGCCUACCCCAACAUAUUCCGCAUAUCCAAACUAAUGAUCCUCAUCUUUAUCCUCAUCCACUGGAACGCAUGCCUCUAUUUUGCCCUCUCGAAAUAUAUUGGCCUUGGAAGUGAUGCCUGGGUCUACCCUGACACCACGGACAGCGAGUUUAAUUCCACACGCCGUCAGUACUUCUACUCCUUCUGGUUUUCCACUCUGAUCCUCACCACAGUAGGAGACACCCCACAGCCGACUCGUGAGGAGGAGUUUCUCUUCAUGACUGCUGACCUCUUGAUUGCCGUGCUGGUGUUCGCCUCUGUAGUGGGAAGCGUAGGGAGCGUAAUAAUGAACCUGCGUAACAGGGACAAUGUCUUCUUUCCAAAUCACGAGCUGGUAAGGAGCUACUUGCGCAGUCGGCGAAUCAACAAAGCGUUACACAACCGUGUCAACACCUGGUACCAACAUCUCCAUAUCAACAAGAAGAUCACCCGGGAGAAUGAAAUCCUCCAGCAGCUACCAGUCACACUGCAGACGGCCAUUGCGGUGAGCGUGCACCUACCCAUUCUAUCCAAGGUUACCAUCUUCCAGAACUGUGAGAGCAGCCUGCUGGAGGAACUGGUGCUCAAGCUCACCCCACAGGUCUACAACCCUGGAGAGUACGUGUGUAGGAAAGGUGACGUAGGGCAUGAGAUGUACAUCAUUAAAGAGGGGAAGUUGGCUGUGGUGGCAGACGAUGGGGUCACUCAGUUUGCUGUACUGGGUGACGGGAACUUCUUUGGAGAGAUCAGCAUUCUCAACAUAAAAGGCAACAAAUCAGGCAAUCGGCGCACGGCUAACAUCCGCAGCAUUGGUUACUCAGACCUUUUCAGCCUGUCCAAGGAGGACCUGACAGACACUCUGUCUGAGUUCCCAGCUGCCAAGCGCCUUCUGGAGGAAAAGGGACGCCAGAUCCUCACCAAGAUGGGAAUGCUAGAGAUUUCGGAUGAAGGGGAGGAGGAAAAGGAGAAGUUGGAAGACAAAGUGGAGCGCAUCGAGUCCAGCCUGGAGACGCUACAGACCAAGUUGGCACGGUUGAUGGUCGAACUGGAGUCUAGCGUCCGUAAGAUGAUGGGUCGUGUGGAGCAGCUGGAACUGCAGACCGAUGGCUGGGAGGGCAUCGUGGCCGAGGGGGCUGGGAGCGAAUCUGACGAUGAGACCGAGAGAAAGAGGGACGUUGGGGAUGGUGAAGGAGAGCAAGAGGAGGAACCACAAGAAGAGAGGGGUGAGGGGGAUGGAGGGGAAGAAGAUAAAGAUGAGGGGAAAGACGUAAAAUAGAAGCGAGGAUAGCGAACGAAAAGAAGACAGUGUCUUAAGACAUGGAGAGAGAAGUAGAAUAAAAUAGAUCAGUUAUUUACUUCAGUUAUCAAGUGUCACUGGUUGAGAUCCAAGACUCUUCUACUGAUGUUAUACUGAUCGAGCAAAACAGUGCAGCUCCAAAACUUGUCCUUAUAAUGUCUCAAAUAUCCACCUCUAUUCAACACAAGAUGGCAGCAUGAGAGCACAGGCAGUGAAAUGAAGCCACGUUACAGAUAAUUCCCUGUUCAGUAAGUGCACUAGAGCGGACCCGUGAACUGACGCUGUACCGUAAAGUCUCCGUGUGAAAGGACUAAGUACGGUAACAAGUCCGAUUAAUAUAAUCUAAAGACCGAAUUAACUGCCCUAGUGUCUAAACUGACUGUGGAUUUG